AUGAAGAGAAGAGCGGCCUCCCCGGCCAUGUCCGAGAACGAAGUCGACAUCGCCGGCUCCUUGUUCGCCAAUCACGCCGACAGCGACGAUGAGGUCCAAGUUCAUAAACAGCAGCCUGCCGACCUCGAUUUCGGCGAUCUUCUAGACAAUGGCGACGGCUCCGACGAUGGCGGUGAUGCGGCCUUUAUCGCGAAACAACAGCGAAGCUCCAACAGGAAAACUGGCAGCCUACAAAGCAAGAGCGCAAAGAAGAGCGGCGGUUUCCAGGCCAUGGGUCUCAACUCGAACCUCUUGAGAGCCAUCAGUCGUAAAGGCUUCUCCGUCCCCACCCCCAUCCAGCGCAAGACGAUCCCCCUGGUCCUCGAACGGCGCGACGUGGUGGGCAUGGCCCGAACCGGUUCAGGAAAAACCGCCGCUUUCGUCAUCCCCAUGAUUGAGCGACUGAAGGCCCAUAGCGCUAGAGUUGGCGCCAGGGCUAUCAUCAUGUCGCCCUCUCGCGAAUUGGCCCUCCAAACGCUAAAGGUCGUGAAGGAACUAGGGAAGGGAACUGACCUCAAGACGGUCUUGCUGGUUGGUGGCGAUAGCCUGGAGGAACAGUUCGGUCUGAUGGCCGCCAACCCGGAUAUCAUCAUUGCCACACCGGGCCGAUUUCUGCACUUGAAGGUCGAGAUGUCUCUGAAUCUCUCGUCCGUUCGAUACGUCGUCUUUGACGAGGCUGAUCGUCUGUUCGAAAUGGGUUUUGCCGCCCAGCUUACCGAGAUUCUGCACGCGCUGCCGCCAUCGAGGCAGACUCUUCUUUUCUCUGCUACCCUCCCAUCAUCGUUGGUCGAGUUCGCCAGAGCCGGUCUGCAGGAGCCAAGCCUCAUCAGGUUGGACGCCGAGACCAAAGUGUCACCCGAUCUUGAAAGCGCGUUUUUCUCAGUGAAAGGCGGCGAAAAGGAGGGGGCCCUUCUUCACAUUCUGCACGAUGUUAUCAAAAUGCCGCUGGGGGUCCCAGAAGGCAUCGAGGAAGAGACCGAUGAACAACAGGCGAGGAAACGAAAGCGCGACUCGGAGAGGCGAAAUAGGAAAGAAAAGCCGACCGAGCAUUCGACCAUUAUCUUUACGGCCACCAAGCACCACGUUGAGUACAUCGCCCACUUACUUCGCCAUGCAGGGUUUUCUGUGUCAUACAUCUACGGUUCGCUCGACCAAACCGCCCGAAAGAUCCAAGUCGACAACUUCAGGAGGGGAAGGACGAACAUCUUGGUCGUCACGGAUGUUGCAGCCCGUGGUAUCGAUAUUCCAGUGCUCGCGAAUGUGAUCAAUUACGAUUUCCCUCCUCAACCCAAGAUCUUCGUGCAUCGUGUCGGCAGAACAGCCCGUGCUGGCCAGCGCGGUUGGGCCUAUGCUCUCCUUCAGGGCACGAGUCGGCCCUGCGGAGGUCGGGUAAGAAGGAUGAGGACACAGAGAUGGCGGAUGCAGACGAGGAUGAAUCAACCCCUCCGGAAAACGAAAUGGACCUCGAGUCCGGAGAAGACCAACCCGCCUGGGGACGACGAAGAGGCCUGGGAGGACGAGGAAUCCGAAUCCGAACUCGAAGUGACGGUAACAAGCAGCGGCAAAUCCUACCAAGGGGCAAACAUCCUUCCAAGACCCCGAAAUCUUCAUGUCCUACACACCAUCGCACCACCAGCGCCUGCCGAAGAGCGCGGCGUACGGGCGUUCAACUCGGGCGGCACCACGCAGUUCGUCGAGGCGGCGCGCGACGCGGCCAUGGACCUGGCCAACGACGACGGCGCCAAGGCAUUCGGCCUCCCAACGCGCUCCAAGCUGCGCUGGGACAAGCGCCACAGCAAGUACGUGGCGCGCGCCAACGACGACGACGGUUCGCGCGGCGCCAAGAUGAUCCGCGGCGAGUCCGGCGUCAAGAUCGCCGCCUCAUUCCAGAGCGGCCGCUUCGACAAGUGGCGCCGCGCCAACCGCCUGGGCCGGCUUCCCGGCGUGGGCGAGGCCGAGAAGGCCAACCUCGUGCGCAACUUCAGCGGCGGCGGCCCUGGUGGGGCGGGUGCGGGUCACUACAAGCACCGGCAGGAGAAGGCACCCAAGGACGCCGACAAGUUCCGCGACGACUACCACGUGCGCAAGAAGCGGGUAGCCGAGGCGCGCGAGAAACGCAUCGGCAAGUACAAGGACGGUGAGGGCAGCCGGCGUGAGCUCAAGAGCGCGACGGAUAUCCGCAAGGCGAGGCAGGUGCAAGAGCAGAAGAGGGAGAAGAACGCGCGGCCGGCGAAGAGGGCGAAGAGGUGA